AUGCCUAUUAAUUAUGAUUUCACCGGAAAGGUAGCUCUGAUAACUGGUUCGAGUUCAGGUAUCGGUGCGGCCACUGCUAUACUGUUUGCCAAAUCGGGUGCCAAUGUUGUAGUCACCGGCCGUAAUGCCGAUGCUGUGGCCAAAGUGGCCAAACUGUGUACAGAUGUGUCACCGAAACAGUUGUCGGCACUGGAAGUUGUCGGCGAUAUUACUGUAGAAGUGGAUUGCAAUCGACUGAUUGAGACAACUGUCCAAACAUUUGGCAAAAUUGAUAUAUUGGUCAACAAUGCCGGCACUGGUAUUAUGUCAUCAAUUGAUAACAUAGAUUAUAUGAAACAGUUUUCGCUGGCAUUGAAAACAAACUUGAAUUCAUUGGUUUAUAUGACACACAAAUGUGUGCCAUAUUUGGCCAAAACUCGGGGCAAUGUUAUCAAUAUAUCCAGUAUUGCAGCGAAACAAGCAUUGAUUGGGAUGUCUCUAUACUGUAUGUCCAAAACAGCUGUCGAUAUGUUUACCAAAUGUAUGGCCGCAGAGUUGGGACCCAAACGUAUUAGAGUUAAUGCAAUACUACCCGGAACAAUAGUGACCAACUUUUUGAAUGUAUUUGAUUUAUCCGAUGAUGUCAUACAUAAAGCACACGAUGAUAUUGGCCAGAAAUAUCCGGUCGGUAGGGUUGGCCAGAGUCAAGAUAUUGCCAACACUGUUGCCUAUUUGGCCAGCGAUACUGUGGCCGGGUUUAUAACCGGCACCUGUCUGGUAGCCGACGGCGGACAUCUGGCCGCUAACGUGACCUAUGGAUAG